AUGGACGAACACAUAUUCCACUCGAGUUUUGGAGAUAUGAUGCCUGCCAAACAAGUUUUAUUGAAAGCAGUUACUUCUCUUCUUAAAAAGUUGCAAUUAAAUGAAUUCGAACAGUGCGCUAUAGAGCUCUCACUCUCAAGCAUCUUUAACAAAAUUAACCCAGCAAUUGAAAAAGUUUUAUAUGAGCAAUUAAGCAAUCAAGCAGGACCAACCUCAACCCCCCUUGAACUAAAGGGCAUCAGCGAAAUCUCUUUUGGCUUGAUGGAAGAAGUUAUUGCAAUCAAAGAUGUUGACGAGAUGCUUCAAAUGGCCAAUAUCUUAGAAAGAGUUGUGGAGAACUUUAACCUUUGGGGCUCAAGCACAAAAGAUUCAGAAUUAACUUUCUAUCGACGUUUUGCCGAGUUGUUGGAUAUUUUCCGAUGGAGAAACGGGAUCAAAGAGCAGCAAAACUGCAAUCGAGAUCAAUAA